CUCCGACAACUUUCUUGGCAAAUACCGCUCCUUCCGCCAGGUAUCGCCCUUGCUGGCCCGUGAUCCAAAAAGAAAAAGCAUCCGUGUUAGUGAAACUAAGCAUUGUAGUUCGUCUAGUGAGUUUGCUGCCGUCGUCGUAGACCGACCAAAAAUGUCGAAUCGAUUGCUAGCGCGUGUGCUAGAAUAGAUUAACACGAAUCUGCAUACCACAAACGGGUCUAAGUUAUUUCCUGCACUGCACUCUAGUGCGGAUUACUAGAAUCAGGAUACUGUUCUUCACUUUGCCGAUUGGAAACCCGUCCUGUACAGGCAUUGAAAAACAGGUGCACUUCAUCGUGAAAAGUUCAAUAAACAUUGAUUGCGUUGCACAAUUGUCGGGUCGAAAGCAGUGAAAGGAUGUGAACAUCGUCGGAGAAAAGGGCACAGUGAGAUGACUGUGUGAGGUGUCGUGGUAUCUGGAAGACUGCUGCUCCAAAAACCCCCCAAACGGUGUUUUCCGAUGGUGCCGAGUUUCCCGUUCUCGGCCGGAACCCCUCCCCAUGCGCUGGAAGAUGGUUAAUGAAUGUGGGACGCUUCCGGGCUCUCGGCAAGAGGAGAAGUGGGUCAGAUGAGUUGUAAAUGUAGGAACCGAAGCAAAGAGAAGAACGAACGCACUCAGUGGCAAACUAGUGGGAAACGUGGACCGGACGUGGUGCGCUUGGCUAUUGCUGGAGGUUUGUUGUAAAAAAGAUGACAGGUGCAUGAGCUGGAAACACAAUACAGUGGCAAUACAGAGCAACACGGUCGACAAAACACGAAAAAAAGGUUGACCAACAACACAUUCGACGCUCAGCAAAGGCAAGAUAAGAGCCCUUGUUUUGCUAGUGUUUACGAUUGGUGAGAGUGAUUUGCUUGAUAGUGGAAGCUGGUAGUUUCGUUAGCUCCGUGGCCAACGUCAGCGUUGACGACGCCUACUACUAAUAUCAGCGCUGCUAGGGGCACGCGUCCUGUUCUCCUCACAACGAACGAAGUAGCACAGCGUUGUAUUAAUUAACUUCUCAAACAAGCCCUGCUCGUUGGAUGAAAUUAAUCGGUACAAACCCGCUCCUCGGCUAAUUGCUCAACGACGACCUUUUGAAGUCAGCCUUUCACUAUCUCCGAUGAAUGGAGCGAACGGUGGGGUAGUGCUAGAGAAACUUUUAUCAUCUUUCAACUUUAUUGCAGCAAACAGUGAUAGGGCAAAAUAGCAGCAACAAACCGUAAGCAGUGGAUAGAAAAAACGUUGAAUUCAUGUUCACAUGUGCAUAUGCCGAAUGUGAUGUUGUGUCCCGCUGGUCAAAAUGUUAAGUGGCACAAUCAUACGCGUUUGUCGAGUGUGAGCAGCAAUAGCUACAGCGUCAGUGAACAGUGAUUAAACAAAAGCGUCGACUAUGCUUUCCUUUUACGUCGAAUCUAAGGAGGCGUCUGCGGAAGCCGUUCGGAACGACGUCCGGGAGGAAACAGCGCACGGCGCAUAAUAAAAUACUGAACGGAAAUUAUCGUUUGAAUCAACUCUGGCGUACACCCCGUUGAUGCUGGCCAUUGAUCGAACGUGAUUGCUCGGCAAUGUGCAAAUGAUGGCAACAUCAUUUUGCGAUAUUAAAAACAUCACCAAAUAUAGAAAACAGCAGUGAGCAAAGCGCGAGCGGUCAAGAUUGCUGGUCAGUGGAAAAGGGAUUCUGUUUUCUACGGAUACGCUAAAAAAACGCAUCGUUUCGGUAUUUGAAGGUAGACAAAACACUAUCGCGUUUUCUCAAGCAAGCAACGCACAGUAGCAAAAGAUGGACGAAGAGGCACUGAUAGCACGAGCAAAGGAGGAACGGGAAAAAAUAUUCCAGCGCUACGACAAGGGCCGGGAACCGGGAGCCGAGAUCGAUCCGUGGGAGGAUCCACAAUUUGAAGUGUACCACCAGACGGAUAGGUAUGGAUUCAUACACGAUCAAAGGUUACCGCGUAAACGCGAACCGCACGAAGCCAAAGCAUUGGAAAUCGAAAUGGGACGGGUGAAGAAAUGGCUCAAACUGCUCGGACAUUCUUCGCAGCCAGCAAAGCGACCAUGGGAAGAUAAAGUAGUUCAGGCGAAGGUACGCAAACGCGUCUUCAAAGGAAUACCGGAGAAGAUUCGUGGACAGGUCUGGUGUAAGCUGCUCAAUCUCGAGCAGGUGAUGAAGGCCGAAGAGGGCAAGUACAAAAAGAUGCUGGAGCUGGCUCGCAACUGGAGCACGGAAGCGCGUCAGAUCGAUAAGGACGUGAAUCGACAGUUUCGGGAUCACAUUUUCUACCGCGAGCGUUACAGUGACAUGCAGAAGAGUUUGUUUAAUGUACUGGUAGCAUACAGUAUGUACAAUUCUGAGGUUGGCUACUGCCAGGGAAUGUCCGGACUAGCAGGAGUGCUGCUGAUGUACUUGAAAGAAGAGGAGGCAUUCUGGGCACUAAGCGUCCUGCUGGCGGAUGCAAAGUUCGCAAUGCACGGUCUAUUCAUCGAAGGCUUCCCGAAGCUGACCCGUUUUCUAGCACAUCACGACAAAAUCAUAACCAAAUUCAUACCAAAGCUUAAGAAACACUUUGAUCAGUGCAAUCUCGACUCGAUCCUGUACUCGUUAAAAUGGUUCUUUGUUGUGUUUAUCGAAAGGAUUCCGUUCAGUUUGUGUUUGCGCGUUUGGGACAUUUAUCUGCUCGAUGGAGAAAAGGUGGUUACAGCAAUGGCUUAUAACAUACUGCGUAUGCACAAGCAAUAUAUACUGAAGCUACGGGAUAUGGAUCAAAUUGUGCAGUAUAUACAGACACGGCUAUGUGAAGACUUUGGCUACGACGACGAUACGGUAAUUAAGAAUCUAGAGCAAUGCAUGGAAGAACUGCGUAAGGCAGGUUUAGAGCUGCCACCGCCACCGAGUGAAAUCGAACUUCCGAAAAAAGAAUUCGGUGUAUUCGUGGAGCCCACUGCGGCCGCACAGAUUGGACGACGAAAGCAGGAAUUUAGCGAAACAGAAAAAGAAGUCACAGAAACAGUAAAGCUCAAGCGUGAAAUAACCGAACAGGAAAUUGCGAAUCUCAAUCGAAUCGCUACCGCUCCAGGAGGUUCAACACAACAGCUAAAUACAGUACACAUUCCGGAGUCGGAAGAUGGUGGAUCGCUUCUAGGAAGCUCACGUAAAUCGCUGGCCGAUACCUCCGUUACAUCCACCGCAGAUUUGAGCGUGCUCUCCGGUGGGCAAAGCCAGCGGUCACACCAAGCUUUCGAUUUCUGCGUCGACGAACAGAAUAUCAUACCAAGUGAGGACGAGGGCGAUGGAGAAAGCAGUCCAGUAUCAAGGCGAAAACAAUCGUCGGUGCCAUCGGCGUCGCAUGGUACCAGUAGUGGUGCCGCGAACGCCACCGCCUCCACCUCCACGACGAGGACGGUCAGGCUUAGAAGUGCAACAUCCGCCAUCGGUGCAACGAGUGUGGUAGAGCGUAGUCCUUCAGCCCUCCAGCUAAUGACUCCUCGAGCAAUGUCUCCACACGAUGUAGUGCGCAUUUACGUUCCACCAGCACCGCCAGAAGAGCUACAUCACGGGGCAUUAGGCUUUGAGACGUCCUCCAGCGUCAAAAAUCACGAUCGGCCAACGGUAUCCAGCGCAAAUGGGACGGAACUGCGCCGUAAUCGUUCUUCGCGUGCCAGUUACAACGACGAGGACGAAGACGAAGAAUCAAAAACGCGUCGUAACAGUGAGAUUGAUCUGUAUCUACAGCAAUCGAUUAGUUCAAAAAUGCCCGGAGCCACAACGGCCAACGGUAAUGUAACGGCCGGUUAUGGAAGUGGCAGAUUUUCGAACUACGCUAGUGGCGAUUUUCAGGGUCAGCAGCAACCGUCUGCAUACCCUGCUGCACCAUUGUCUCCGUCCGCGUCCCAGAAUUACGCUUCGAAUGGACGUUCCACGUCGUCGUCCCGGCGUGGCAGUAUGUCAAGGAAAUCUCCAGCACCGACGCUGGACAGUGAAUUCAUCAUCGAGUGUAGCCACCUGAAAAACCGCAAAUAUGUGCCACCGGAUCAUCACAGCAGCCACAACAGCCUGGUGCUGAGCGUUGGCGGUGGUUUACCAAUGUACGGUAGCCGCAACGGUUCAGAAUCUAACAUACAUCGCAUGACAUCGUUCGAGGAGCUGGCUAAGGCGAAACUACAGCAGCACCUAUCCGGCAGCAGUGGUAGUGGGGCAAUCGCGGGCAGUAGCAGUAGCUUGUUGAAAACUACCACGGAAGACGCCUAUGUUGUGCGACAAACGGUAUCGGUAACGAAGACGUCCGGAUCUAUCAACCGAAUGGCGAGAAGCGAAAUCUAUGAGUCGAUUGAAAGCAGAGAAGAAUCGCACUAUGACAGUCCUCGCCGCCAACGGCAACCAGAUAAUACGCCGUCUGAUUUGUACGAAGGCGCCGGUAGUCCGAUGCAUAGUCAAAAAACUUCCCGAGGGCACAAAAGCGAUUACAACAUUCAGUAUCGAAAUCUUUCACCGCAGGGCGCCAGUGCUGGCGCACCAAUGUCACCGAUGAGUGACGGUGGAGGCGAUUGGGUGGAAUAUCGACAAAUGAAAGCAUCCUCCCGGCAAAACAGUGGCAAUGAUAGUUCGCCGUUUGAUUACGAUCCAUUACCCACGGACGGUGCAGCGAUUGUCGCCAAGAAACGCUACAAUCGGUUCUUCAACAACGACGAGGAGGAGGAUGAGUGUGAAGAAGAUGAGACGACGAAUGGCGGAACCACAGUGGCCACUCACCGACAUCGGGAAGAUGAAGACAAGUUACUGACUAAAUCGUCCGAUGAUUUAUCCACCAGCCCUCCUCCAGUUAGUCGCCCUUCACAGUUGCCCCACUAUCAGCGAUCAAGUGCUGGGUCCGGUGCGGGUAGUCACCAACGUCAGCGACCUCGCCAAAGACAACCACCAAUCGUGUCGCACUCCCAGCCUCAGAAUGGUACGACGCCAACAAAUGAAACGGUACCGCUUUUACCCGUGUCUCCAACGAGCAGCAGCAAUUUAACUGGCAAAAAGGCAUCACACUUCAUUCCGCUGGUACGUUCUGACGGUACUGCCAGCCCUCUCCCAUCAUCGGCCAUUCCCGUCAGUAGUAUUAAGCGUAAGAUUUCGUCCGAAUCCUCAUAUUGUCCGGCGAGUUCGUCGACCACCAGCACACCAACCGGCACGCGACGUCGCGACUCGAACGCUUCAGCCAACGGAAUCCAGUCUCCACCGGCCGGUAGCCACUCGCGUAUUCCCGUUGGGUUGAAAUCACCCACAUCGCCAACGGGAUCGCUACAAGGCUCUUUUCGCUCCGGCAUACCGACACAAAAAUCCUCCAGAUUGCCCACUUCCAAACCAACCGAUGUUGGCGAACGUUUGCCUCAGUAUCAGUACGGUACGGCUUCAGGGCCGGCAUCGUUAGCUCUCUCACCACCGGCAUCGUCACUUCAAAGAGCAGGAAGCGGCCAAGGAGACGAAUAUUCUACCACCAGACUAGGAUCGUCCCGUUCGGCUCAUCAGAUCCAAUCAGACUCGAAUAAGAUUCGGAUUCAGAUUAAUCCUUCACAGUCGUACAGCAACAGCAGCACGACGGGAGGAUAAAUUUGAGCUUACUGCCCGUAACAACCAGCAUUAUUUACGUUUCCUUUUUAGAACUCUAGAGCAAUAGAGAUGGUAAUGAGUAGAGGUUUAUCGAGUAUUUAAACCACGAGUCCAAAUGGUGUGUAUAAGACCAGUUGAAAAAGAAGUUUGUUGAUCUGAUGGGAUUCUCAAUAGAUGCUACUUACACAAACAACAGAGAUAAGAAAUGUAGCCCAUACCAAUUCCUUGGUUAGAAUUUUAGUAUAUAUUUUUUUAAUAUUAUUCGCUAUCGAAUGUGGAUGCUAAGCUAAGAUGUCUAGCUUCGCUCGAAUCUGCUUUCUCUGCCCCUCAAAUGCAUUCCAUUUUCUAUAUCGCAUAAUGCAACCCAAAUAUAUGAUGUAACUUCGUUACUCAAUUUGUUUUCUUAACCUGCAGAAGGAGCUCUCUAGCUGAUUAUUUACAUUUCGAUAUUAUUAAAGUUACAAAUUCGAAACAUUAGAAAUCCUUUGCUCGUUUGCUUGUUUCCGUUUUCCGAGCGGUACGGACUGCAUUCCUGAACCAAUCUGUAAAAAUGCUACUAGCAAGCAAAAAGAAUUUCCUUCCCGUCCGGUCAUACCCUAAGGUAAGCGAAAGAGAGUAGUACUGUUCAGUGGAUAUUACAUUUCUCUUCCUGCAAAGCAAUAACAAAAGUGACUGAUAUUUGUCUAUAGGUUUUAAUCCGCUAGCUUCAAAAGAAAAGUAUUUUAUAAACCGCACGUUUUGUUCGCAUGGGUCCGCGGUUUUCUUUCAAAACAUUUUGUGGUCGUCAAUAUGAACUCUAAAUGUUUUUUUAUGAGCGAAGAAACUUAACUUCGAUCCACAUUUACCGUGCGACAAUGGUACAAUAACACUGUCGACAAUAUCGAAUAUCGUCUGCAUUAACGUGACAGUUCGGCGUAACCCGUAGCCCGAAGAGGGAAGUUAGGAAAACAGAAUGUAAAUUAUCGAUACUUUGCAAAGCCUUUGCCUGUUCCACAAUGUUUGAUUAAGUUUGUCCUUGCUUAUAUAUAUACGAUUCGAAUCGAACAUGACCAUGUACGUAUAGCGCAAGAAACUGUUAAUUCUAGGGGCAUAAAUCAAACCGUUCCAAACUACUCGUAUGAUAUUAGCAUCGAAUGAAAUUCGAAGCAGAUAAAAUGCAUUUCAUCUUGUUACACUCGAAAAGUUUCGUUAUCAAUCUGCCCCUACUCGUAGCGAGAUUAUAAAAUCGACGUGAUGCAGUGCAUGUGUGUGUGCGUGUAUAACAUAAGUUUCGAUGGCAAACAGCCACCGAUGGUUCCGUGUCCUGCUUUUUGCCUUAGGCGGGGUGGAGAAAACAAUGCGCUAAAAAGAAGACAGAUGCUAUUCUAUAUAUGAAUAUAUUUUCCACAGAGCUAUGCAAAGGACAGAAGCAUAGAUGCGUCUUAAAACAGUAUGUAGUACCCUGCAUUGGUUUGUUUGAUAGCUACAACUCAAUCCAGUUUGUAGGACCGAAAUAACGCCAAAACAUUAUUCCAUUAACCGUUAAAUUACAGACCCAUCUACUAUAAAAUGUUGCACUAAGCGUAGGAAUGUGCAAUUCCAAUAGCAACAAUGGUACUAAACAAAUGUAAAUUGCCAACCGUAUGAAUACGAAGACAGAAGAGAAUACGUGGGAACGCGGUUCAAGUUUCAUGGUUUUUCACAAGUUUGGAAAAGUUAGUAAUUGAUUUAAAGAAAGAUAUUUAUUUUACCCCUGAUCAUCACUCAUACACACAUACACUAACAGAAACGGGUUUAAUUUUUCUUUUCUCACUUCACCAAAAACAAAAACCGCAUCCCCGAACGAUGCAAAACAAUUCAAAGACUUUCCACUGAAUGUGUGUACUAGUGUUUACGCUGAAGCGCAUUUUUUAAAAAUAAAAAAAAAAACAAAAUACAAAACAAGUUA